AGGUGCAGAAGCAGCUGGACAUGAUGGAUGAAAAUGGUGACGGCAGCGUCAGCAGGGCAGAGUUUGACAAGGCUGUCAAGCAGCAGACAGCCUUGGAUCUGAACGGCGACGGAGUUGUGACAGCACAGGAAGUUCAGCAGGCGAGGGACACUUUCAGGGCCCUGGACACCAACAGCGAUGGCAUCGUCAGCCGGCAAGAAGUUCAGAAGGUGCAGAAGCAGCUGGACAUGAUGGAUGAAAAUGGUGACGGCAGCGUCAGCAGGGCAGAGUUUGACAAGGCUGUCAAGCAGCAGACAGCCUUGGAUCGGAACGGCGACGGUGUUGUGACAGCACAGGAAGUUCAGCAGGCGAAGGCUACUUUCAGGGCCCUGGACACCAAUGGCGAUGGCGCCGCUCGGCUGCCAGCCGGCCCGAGC